UCGGCGCGGUUGUCUCUUUGGUCUGUUAUCCGUUUAAACAUUUAAAAAAAAAAAAAAGAAUGAAAUCGCGGGUGGUAAGCUGAGAAGCCGCGCGCGGGACUCCAGGGACAAGUCCACGUGAUCAAAUGCGGAAAUUGACGCUGGGGAAAGUGCAGAGGCGCAAGGAUCCACGAGGGAAGCGGCGGGUGGAGGUCCUUCAGUGCGCUCGUGUCUGUGGCUGCUGGUGGAUCCAGGCGGACAACCCAAGCCAAACAACACGUCUGCGGAUCCCGGUGAUCUGUGCGAUUAGACGUGCGAGUGUCGCCUUCCGUAGGUUACAAAAAAGUAAGAUACAAAGGGUUGUUCUGCGGUCAGACUGCUGAGAUGACAACGCUGUGACAGUCUGUGUCCGAGUGUGUCGGUACUGGACCAAUUCUUGUGACAUGGCCGCUGCAAAGAAGAGUUGCGCGAAGGCAGGAGGCGUGCGCUUCGCCGAGGAGCCCCUCGGCGCCGGGCCCCCGUCCCACGUCCACUUCGACGAGAAGCUGCACGACUCCGUUGUCAUGGUGACUCCCGAGGAGGACGGCAACUUCAUGGUCAAGGUCGGCUUCCUAAAGACGCAGCACCGGUACGAGAUAGUCUUCACCUUGCCCGACGUCCCGGCCCUGAGGAAGGACGCGUGUCCGGCGCCGGUACCCAGUCCUCACCUCCGCAUCACCAACAUCACACCGGCACCCGAGGGAGGUCUGAAGGUGACAUGCGAGUACAUGGCGCAGCAGGAGGGCGUCCUGUGUGAGGAGGCGCUGCUGCUGAGCGAGACCAACCAGGACGUCUGUGUGAAAGUUAAGGUCCAAGCCAGAGUCAUGGAUCGUCACCAGGGUACUCCCAUGCUGCUGGAGGGCGUCCGCUGCAUCGGGGUGGAGUUGGAGUACGACUCUGAACAGAGCGACUGGCAGGGAUUCGACUGAAGCUUCAGCUCGGUGCCCUCGGAUACACAAACGCAUACCUGCCGUCAGAGAAGAUCGCACACGCCAAAUUAAGACACACACACACCAAAUAGGAGCGGGAUCACACGCGCAAAUGAUUUAGUGCCACCUGAUGUACAUGUAGGGAAUGGUUGUUUGUCUCCUGGGAACAUGUACGCACCAAAAGACGUCCAGCAUCCCGUCAUCGACAGCAUCUGAACAGUUUGUCAAUGUCCUCCCGGUCUCCUGUUUUUCUCUCGCCGUGAUGAAUCCCGUCGGUAAUCGUCCUCUCCGUCCUUACUGAACCUCUAGAGGGCAGCAGCGCUCCUCGGAUCCCUUUCCACCGCCUCUCGACCUCCAGUUCACCCUUUUCCUGAAGGGAGGGACUAAACAAGUGCUCUAUUGCUUAUUAAGUAGCUUAAACUAAUCUAUAGGGAGGAGUCUAAAUCUGCAUAUUCAAAAGGAACCGAGUGGGAGUGAAUGGCAAUGCUGUGCCUGUAAUGUCUCUGUCCACCUACAGGGGGCACUGCAGACCACUGUGUGUAAAAACACUCCAAUCUGGAGGCUACCUCAGUGUUGUGCCCUUCCUCCAUUUAAGGGAGGAAAAAAAAAUUCAACAAGGGCAUUUUACACUUUCAAAUAUCUUCUGCCCGACGGCUUUCGACUUAAGCUUUUAAUUUUCUGCAUUGUCAAGGAAAUCCCAAUGAACAUGUUGUGAACGUAUUUCAAAAGGUGUAUGCGAGGAAUGUCAAGUGAGGCUUUCUCCUGUGAAAACAACCAGAGGAAUAAUGCUUUAAAACCCGCGUGCUAGCUGUAUGACAUUGAUCUUUUGAGGUCUUCUUCUUUCUGUGAUGGAUUUUACUGCAUGAUUGUGAAACAUUUGUGUGAAAUAGUAGAAGCAUUUUGUCUUAUGAGAAGCCGACACUAAAGUCUGAUGUUUAGUGUCUUUGUUUUAGAUCUCUGCACCCAAACUGUUGCAAAUAUUUUUGACAUGUCGCUAUGAUUUGCCUCUUUUCGUAGAAUUUAAAGAAAUAAACAACCAAACACGCCGUAGUUAGGGAUAUCCAACAAAUCAAGAAAAUAAACUAAAUCGGCGACAAAUAAACGAAUCCGCUGCGUUUCUGAUAAUCAUGAUAGACGUUCUGAAUUCAAAUUUGAUACGUGUUUUGUACUUCAAGUCCGACAAAACGAGACUUUUAACAUUUCCUUCAACGUCUUUCUGCAUUCUCUCUUGGACGAACCAAACUACUAAUCAACUAAUCGAUCCAACAUAAGAUUAAUCGACAAUUAAAAAAAUAUAAUUGUGCAUCCAAGUAGUUUUAAAAAAUAAAUAAAACCAGCUGCACAGCUGGUUCGGUAUAAUCAGUUCUUUUGUUCGAGUUCAUGAAGCCUUGUGAAACACGCGACACUUAAGUGCCUUUUUUAAAUGUCCCCCUCCUGUUUGUCAUUGAACUCAAAGGCUCGAUGUGGUUUUACCGUCUGAUUCGUGUUGUUCGUUAAUCGGCCUGGAAGGAUUUCCGCGUGUCAUUUCUCGGCGUAGUGCAGAUUAAAUGGAUUUAUUUGAUGUUUGCUUGCGGGGUAAUAAGGACAAAGUGUGCUUUGUUUGUUUUUCUUGGUGCAAAACGGAAACGCUCACUAGUUGUUGGUCUAAAGGAUGUAGAUGUUUGUUCAUAUAGGUCUCCGGUUUGUGUCUGUGAUGUGUGUGUGUUUUUUUUAACGUCCACAAUGAAUAAAAGUGUGCGUGUGACCGUCUUUGA